AUUUGGUCUUGGCAGUCAAGCAUGCCUGAGAGGUCCUCUAACAUCCCACGUGCGCUGCGCGAGCCAAUCACAGCACGAUCUCACUGGGGCUGGACAGAUUGCGCCAUGCCGCUUACAGCCCCGUUAAGCCCUGCUCAGCCGUACCGCCAGGUAUCAACAUGAGAUAUAAGCUCAGCCUUCCGUCGUUCUCUUACGACUUCUGCAUCAUUUUUUCUUUGUUGUAAUACGCAUCAUGCCUAGCAUAGCGACGACCAUAUGGUACGCGUUCGUAGUAGCGUGGGGCGCGUCGCUUUACCAACUCUACCUCAAAGAUCUUUUUGCGAUUACUUUUGGUGUUGGUCGCGUGAUACAGAGUAUCGAUGAAUUUCCAGAAUUCAGUUGUAGCCGUCUUGUGCAUCCAAGGCUAGAAGCGUGUGAGGAUAUCUGGCUGGAUGACCACGAGAGGACAUUGUAUGCGGCUUGCGCGGGCACGGCAGAUAGGUUGGCUUGGAAUCAAGCCAUGAAGGAUGUCAACGUCACUGGACGACGGCCUGGCGGAUCAGAACUCAUUGCCUUGGAUAUUGACGAACCUGGUGUUGACGGGUUUUACAAUCUUCGUGGCAUCAAACCCAUCGGACACUAUAGAGGAGCGACUGGAAACUCCGAUCUUGAUCUUCUAGGCUUCGAUGCUCAUGUCUUGGAUGACAACACGAUUCGGUUCUAUAUGGUCAACCAACGACCACCAGUCGGAGCGUUCAACAACAUCAUCGAUGCUUCAAAGAGCGGCGCAAAUUCGACGAUUGAGAUCUUCGAAAUGAGAACAGGUCAGGAGCAGAUGCGACAUGUUCGUACCAUCUUCUCAAAUGAGAUUUGGACGCCAAACCGUGUUUCGGCGCUUGCAGAUGGCUCUGGUGGAUUUCUUGUGACAAAUGAUCAUUCUGUCAAGGUUGGUUUGCGAAGAAAGCUUGACUAUGUUAUCGGUGGCGGUAACGUCGCCUACUGCGACGGAGCCGGUAACUGCCACGCAGCCUAUGACGGCAGCGAGGAUGACGAUACUGUUCCGUCAACCCCAGGCGAUGAGCCAAUGUACAAAGUCUAUCUCAAGAAAGCGCUCGGAUACCUUCCGAAGUCGAAGCUUAAGUUCCCCAAUGGACUUGCCCGCGGUCGAGACGGUUUCUUCUACGUUCCUAGCGCCAUAGACGGCCAGAUUCGCGUCCUGGCAUUGCAACCCGACAAGACCCUUCGCCUCGUCGACACCAUCCAUGUCGGCAUGCCGCUUGAUAAUAUCUCACCCGACGCUAACGGCGACAUUUACGCCGCCGGUUUCCCCAAUCUUAUCCAAUCCGGUAAAGGCUUCGAUGAUCCUUACAACCAGUCUUCGCCCGUGACCAUUUGGCGCAUCAGAAAGACGGUUGACGUAGGGAAGUCUGGGGUAAGAAGUGUAGAUUACAGAGUCGAAAAGGUUCUUGAGGAUAAGGAUAGUAAAGUUCUGAGUGGUAGCACUACGGUCAGACAUGAUGUCAAGACUGGUCGGUUAUUCAUUAGCGCUGCCGUACAUCCAUUCCUUGUCGUUUGCGAACCGACUAAAUAAGCGUUUACACUGGUGCCGCAAGUAUUGAGAUAGGCCAUGAAGAGAGAGACUCGGUAUAUCGGUCAUUAAGUCCCGCCACGCUCAACAUCUAAA